GACAAUGUCCGGUUAUGUGAUAGCUUGCUGGGACUUGCACGUCACCAGCGACUCUACUACUUGUCAAACUUUUUAACUUGCAGUACAUCACUUGGAGGACUUUAUCUUGACUUCAGAAUGAAGCCGCGUGAACUUUGCGAGUUUUUGACGACGUUUGAAUAAGUGCUCUACUUUUCUGUGCAAGUGUGUUUAGCUUCUCCAGACAAAGGCUAUACUACUCACACUUAGCUCGAACCUCUCAUUUGUUCACACUCGUCAAAUCUUUUGUUUUAAAUUUGUUAGUUACGUUAGACUAACUUAAAGUUUAGGCUGAGCUGGGGUACUUUGAUAAUCUUAUAUUUGUCUUCUAUCUACCUCCAUGUAUACAACUUUGGAAAUAAAACGGAAUAAAUUAAGGGGGUGGAAAUCUAAAAUAGUUCAGAUACAAUGACAAUUAUUCCAAACGUGAUAUUAUCAUUCGAUUUCAAAUAUCCAAUGCUCAAUUUCUAGAACAACCCAAAGCCUCCAAAAAGAAAAAAAUUGAAUCAAUAAUUUAUUAAAUAAAAGUUCUAAACAAGGAAUAGUAAAAAACAUCGCCCAAGUCUAAAACAAAUAACUAAAUAUCAAAACGUUACUGUAGUUUCUGCCAACAUCUUUUGUCAUAAGCUAAAUUACGGAGAAUUAAUAAAACGAAUUAAAUUAUUAAGUAUGAUAAGGUAAAACCAGUAAAACAUUAACAUAAGCCAUAAUAUAACUAUGUCAUAAUUUAACUAAUUCAUAUAACAUACCAAGUCAUAAUUUAACUAAUUCGUAAUAUAACUAAGUCAUAAUAUAACUAAUUCGUAAUAUAACUAAGUCAUAAUAUAACUAAGUCAUAAUUUAACUAAUUCGUAAUAUAACUAAGUCAUAAUAUAACUAAGUCAUAAUAUAAGUAAGUCAUAUUAUAACUAACAGGGCACUUUAAGUCAUGACGGUCGGAAGUUGCGAGAAGAAGUAUGAUACCGUGGUCGGGAGUUGGUUCAACUCCGGGUUCCACGGUCACAACCGCAGUUUACCACGUAACUACUACAACACCUUCAGAGAGAUUUCUAAACCAACUCCACCACGCAAGUUCUCAUCUAGAGCACAGGAAGGUACAUUCUCCCACCCCUUCACAAAACACGACAACAAGAAAACAUUUACUAACGACAUCGAUCAGCUGGCCAUGUACGGACUAAGAAAGGACCCGGACAGAUCAAAAGGGAAGUUUAACAAGGGUCUAGUGGGGUGGGAUAAGAAACACGAUAGCAGGAGAUACAUAUCUUGUUACAGGAUGGAGACAAAGAGUGCGCCUAUCAACUACCGUGUAAAGGACUGCAUGAAGGACUGGGAGCCACUAGGGAACAAGAUGGAGUUUAACACGAUGUACAGAGAGCACUACUGCAGACAAACCCCCGUCACCCACGAACUAAGGGCCAAGUCCGCGUCUCUCAGUGGUCACUCUGUCGGCAGGCAAAGUGGACAUUCUAUUCCGGAGACCAGGAACAAACGUCCUAAAACCACCAAUCUAGUAUCCCCACUGCCCCCAAUAGUAACACGUGACCGAGAAAGGCCGAUGGAGCUGAGACCGGAGUGGAUGGGAGCUUCCCUCACCAAACAGAGGAACCAGAGUGACUUCUCUCUGGCUAACGAGUACCACGGAUACAACUGGGAGGACAGGCAAUCUGGCGAGGGAAGCAGGAGAAGCAGCAUACACAGCCGAGGUAGCAGAAGGAGCAGCAUUAUUCGUGGAACAAGUGGUGAACUACGAGACAUGGCCACCAACACGGACAGAGAGUCGUGCGACAUGGCCAGCAACACUGAAAAGGAUCAGAUCUAGAGUCUGAUCUAGAGUGCGCAACUGAGCUGAGGACCCAGUUAAUAGCGGCGGGAAUCGCUUAAUCUACCGUAUAUUUUCUGCAUCUUUAUGUGUAAUAUUGUAAUAGAGUCAGUUGCAGGAGCGUGGUUCAGGCGCGUAAGUUUAUAAGGGAUAGUGAAAGGGACUGACAAAUGCGUUGUUACAAUUUAAUGGAUUAAAGUUUUGUUUCUUGGGAUCAGUGGUGGUGCGAUUGAGAUUAUCAUUGGAUAUUUAAAUAUCGACAUUAAUCUUUAAAUUUAAGUGCUUGAUAAUUAAUUAAGUGUUAUGAGCUUUCUCAAAUAUUCUGUUUCUGAUAUGUAUAGAUUAGUUUGAAAGCUCAUUCUGAUACCAUUAUUAAAUGUUAUAUAUAGCUUGUAGAUAUUUUGACAGUUUUUC